AAAAAUUAACUGUCAUCUUUUGCUUACGUGUGCACUAGGUUAAGUACCGGUAAAUUAUUUUACUGUGCUUUACAAACAUACACAUAGUCAUCAUAUAUUUAAUAAAUAAACUAUUUAAAUUUUUGUUAUAAACAAUUGUACAUAUAUAAACAAAUAUCCAAAAUGACUAACAAAAUAAAAGUUAAAGAUAAAUUAGAAGAUGAUACUCUGGAUUUAAGUUAUUGUGAUCUGCAAGAAGUGCCAAUACGUGAAAUUACUCCUAUUAAAAAAGCAACAUGUUUGGAUUUGUCGAACAAUUCGCUAGUUUCUAUUCCAAACACUAUAGUUAGUCUCACAAAUAUAAUAAAACUUGAUUUAAGUAAAAAUAUGUUGACUGAGAUACCUGAAAAUAUUGGAGAGAUGAGACAGUUGCGGCAUUUAGACCUUUAUAGUAAUCAGAUCAGUAGAUUGCCAUUGAGUUUAGGGGAGCUAAAAAAUUUAAAAUGGCUGGAUCUAAAGGAUAAUCCUCUGACAGCAGCUGUUGCAAGUGUAGCUGGUCCAUGCAGCAACAGCAGUGAUUGUCAGGCCUGUGCUAAAAAUAUUGUUAGUUAUUUAUCACAAGUAAAACAGUCGAUCGAAGAAGAAAAAGUACGCAGGAAGGCAGUUGUAGCAGAUGUUCCGGCAAAAAAAGAGGCGAAGAAGAAAAAGAAGAAAAAUGCUGAGAAAAUCGUCAAGGUAUCUCCCGCAACUGAAGCUAUCGUCGCUGAAGAAAACAAUGGUGAGCCAGAACACGAAACUAUUUCUGCUAAGAAAACCACUCGAGGAACCUGCAGUAUCUUCAUCAAUAUUUUAAUCUCGGGGAUCUUAGCAACUUUGCUCUUUAGCAUCUUCUUUGUUUUGAUACUGAUAUUUUUACCAAGUUACAAUAAAGAUUUGUCGGAUAUAAUUGUAAAGGAUCUAGAAGCUCAAACAAAAUUGCCUGUUAAAUAUUAUCAAGAGUUGGGUAUAGUUAAAAAAGAUUUUAUCUUUAAAGAAAUGUUUAUAUUUUUUAACAAAUCUAAAUUAGUAGGAGCUAAAUAUUACAAUGAAAUUGUUAGUUACCUGAGUGUGAAAUUUAAUGAAUAUUUUAAAUGAAUGUUGGAAUUUUUAAUGGUAUAUUGUUAAAAAAAUUCCUGGCAAAGCUCAUAAAUAAAUCAGGAAUUAUUUGAAUAAAAGACUUACAGCCACUGAGUGGUUAAAUUAAA